CCAUUCCUCACUUAGUUUCUGGUAUAGCAAAACAGCUGUUUUAGCUAUUUCAACAAGUUAUAAAUUAACAAAAAUGCCUUUCAUUUUUUCACUAGCGUGUUUUGAAGCAAAAAGAUUAAAGAAAAAGACAGAAUUGAGGAGACUAAAGCAUUUAAGGGCAAGGCCAGACGAAAGUUUCUUAAAGUCAUUCCGGGUGGACAAAGACACGUUUAAAAUUAUUCUACAAAAGCUCCAGCCACAUUUAAAAACAACUCGGUUGCCACAAUCAAUUCAGUUCGCUGCUGUUCUUCGCUUCCUUGCCACUGGUUCCUUUCAGUUAUGUGUUGCAAAGGACCACCACAUUAACAUAGGCAGAAGCACGUUUGGGAAGGUGUUGCACAAAUAUAUUCCUUUAAUGGAAAGUGUGCUAUGUGCAGAAAAUAUCUCGUUGCAAAUGACUGAACCGCAAAUACAACAAUCCAGGGAGAACUUCUAUAGGAAAUACCAGCUGCCUCGGAUCGUUGCGUGUAUCGACGGGACGCACAUUCGAUUACUAAAGCCAGUUCAAAAUGAGUCAGUGUUUUUUAAUAGAAAAGGUUUCUUCAGCUUGAAUGCUAUGCUCAUAUGUAACCAUAAUAUGGAAAUACUUGCAGUAGACGCCACACACCCUGGCUCAUAUCACGACUCAUUCAUUUGGAAAAAUAGUCAGGCGAAAAACUAUUUAUCGAGGUCAAUAAAUGAUAAUUUCAUUUUGGCAGACUCCGGUUAUGCACUGGAAAGAUUCGUGCUGACUCCAUAUAGGAAUGCAGAAUUAGGAACAUUUCAGCACAAAUUUAACAUGAAACAUGCAGCCGCGAGAAAUAUUGUCGAGCGCACUAUUGGCGUUCUCAAAAGUAGAUUUCGCUGCCUACAACAUGGUUUAAAUUACGAACCUAAAUUUGCUUGCAAAAUCGUUAAUGUGUGCUGUGCACUACACAAUAUUUGUCGCCAACGUAACACCCCAUCUGAAGAAUAUGUAGAGCACAAUGAAUCUCUUGAAAACGAUAAUGCAGAAAAUGAAUACGAAGAUCAUCAUGAUGGAGUAUCAUUAAGGGAUGAAAUUGGAGUAUCAUUAAGGGAUGAAAUAGCUCGUAUAAUUCGUUAACUGCAGUUCAGUAGUGUACAAACAAUUACGUAUAAAACUGAUCAUCCAAUCUUCUUGCAACGCUAAAAAUUUUUUAAACUAAACUUUUUAUAAAACCUUGGUUUAUACAAUAACAAAUUAAUUCAGUUUUGUAGCUCGCAUUCAAAUUUCAAACAAAUAUAUCAUGUAUUUAAGCAAACUGAAAA